AGCGGCAAAACGCAAAACGGCGACAAGCCCCACCGUUCCCGCACAAACAAUUGCUUGGCCCGGCCCUGCGUGUCACGGACGGGAGGGCGCACUCGCCAUCCAUCCCCGCGCACCUAGGCCAGUGGCGGAGUGGCCACCAGUUUCCUCGGCUGCUCCCCUCCUGCUUCCCCGAUGACACAGCUGGACCUGGACAGCCCACAGCUCACAAGGGAUGACCAAAACCCCCAACCCAAAAACCCUAGCGACCAGCCACAUUGAUAACCUCCGCCGCCGCCGACGUCGAUGCCCAGGCUCUCCCUCACCGUCACUGACGCCGCCGCUGCCAUGCCCUUUGCGCUCCGGCUUGGUGGUUCCCCAGCGCUCCGCCCGGGCCCGCGGUCCCCGUCGUGGCUGCGCUUUGGCGGCAUGGCCGGGGCGCGGAGGGCGCUGUUCUGCUCCGCCGAGGACGCCAGGCGGUGUGGCUCGGACGACUACGCGGAGGCGGAGGAGGGUCGGAGGGGAGGCGGGAGCCGCGUGCCAUCGGAGAGGAGGAUAAGGGGCGGGAAUGCGGCCGCCGCGGUGGGGACGAGCGUCGAGCUACUGGGGAUUCCUGGUGUGGGGCCGCGCAACCUUAGGAAGCUCGUGGACAAUGGCUUCGAGGGCGUCGCGCAGCUCAAGCAGCUCUACAGGGACAAGUUCUUUGGCAAGUCUAGUGGGCAGAUGGUGGAAUUCUUACAGUGUUCUGUUGGCAUUGUACAUAAGAAUCAUGCUGAGAGUAUAACCUCAUUCAUUAAAGAGAGUAUUGAUGAGGAGCUGAAAGAUACAGAUUCAUCUAAACCCACUCAGAAGAAGAGGCUAACCUUUUGUGUGGAAGGGAAUAUCAGCGUUGGGAAAACCACUUUCCUCCAAAGAAUAGCUAAUGAGACAAUUGAACUGCGUGAUCUUGUAGAGAUAGUUCCUGAGCCUAUUGAUAAGUGGCAAGAUGUUGGCCCUGAUCACUUCAAUAUAUUGGAUGCCUUCUACGCUGAGCCACAUAGGUAUGCAUACACUUUUCAAAACUAUGUGUUUGUGACGAGAGUCAUGCAAGAAAGGGAAUCUCAAGCUGGAAUAAAGCCUCUCAGACUGAUGGAAAGAAGUGUAUUCAGUGAUAGGAUGGUAUUCGUCCGUGCUGUUCACGAAGCUAAUUGGAUGAAUGAGAUGGAGAUCAGCAUCUAUGAUUCCUGGUUUGAUCCAGUUGUGUCAUCACUCCCAGGUCUCAUCCCUGACGGAUUUAUCUAUUUAAGAGCUAGUCCAGAUACUUGCCACAAAAGAAUGAUGCAUAGGAGAAGAUCAGAGGAAGGUGGUGUUACACUUGAUUACUUGCAAGGUUUGCAUGAGAAGCAUGAGAGCUGGUUGCUUCCUUCGAAAGGGUCGGGUCCUGGUGUAUUAUCGGUCAGUCAACUCCCCAUGCAUAUGGAGGGCUCCUUGCCUCCAGAAAUACGGGAUCGUGUAUUUUACCUGGAAGGAAAUCACAUGCACUCUAGCAUCCAGAAGGUUCCUGCUCUCAUCAUGGAUUGUGAACCAGACAUUGAUUUCAGCAAAGACAUAGAAGCUAAACGGCAAUAUGCUAGGCAAGUCGCAGAGUUCUUUGAAUUCGUGAAGAAAAAGCAGGAACGAGCUCCAUCUGGGCAAACAAGCAAUGACAAGGACCGGAUGAACCCACAGGUAUUGCUUCCUAACAGCGGCCGCCUGUGGGCCCCUAAAGGCAACCCUUUUGCAGGCUCCCCCGUGAAUCUGGAUUUCAAAAGAGCCAUGUCUUCGUACCUCUCAACUUAGGACUCCCAGCUGCUAUAAGAAAAUCAGCUGUCCUCGCUCACUGACCUUGCAAACAGCCUAUGCAUUUAGGUACUAUGCAUUUAGGUAGUGUUUGGUUUCGGAGUAUGGUAGGACAGAGUCGCUCUGCUUUUAAUUUGUUGCUGUCUGGAUUGAUUCUACAUAGGACAGAGUGGCUCUAAAAAAGAAACAAUAUGUCCAAAUGUUGAACCAACUGGUUUUCCAAAAUCUCCCAGACGGAGCCGCUUUCUAGUAUAGAGCCGCUCUAUCCCAACUGGCUCUGGAACCAAACACUAUAUUAGUUCACCCUUAGGUCGCCCGAUGCUAGCUACUGAUGUAAAAUAGGAUGCUUCCCCUUGUGUAAAUUAUGAUCUUAGCGCUAGUUCCACGUUUUGCAGCACUAGCAUCAGCCUUUAUCAGGCCAGAUCGGACGACAGGUCUAAUCUGUGUCGUAGUUUCUUUGCUUGAAUCAUUCUGUGGAACAUAUUUGUGUAGCGCGUGUGCUGCGUCGACUUGCACUAUGUGUGGAACAUUCCUGGUGAUAUCAUGUUAUGCGUUUGU